UGUCGACAUGUCAUCUCAUGCAACGACGUUUCAACAAGAAUUGGUUCUACCAGAUUUCGGAAGAUUAUUCUACGAGCAAAAGAGUGCAUUUGUUUUUUGCAAACCACAUCUUAUGCCACUGAAGUCGAUCACUUUGGAGAAAUUGGAGAGAAUGCAAAAGCAAGCAAUUGCACAAUUGAAAGAAACUCGAGCUACAACAGCGGCCGCCACGUCCGAUAAAUAAAAAAAAUUGCAAUAAAACCUUAAAUUUAGUGAAACAGCACUCUUCACAUCUGUAUUAUAUCUACAUAAAAGAACGCAACAAAUGGCAUAUUUACUUGCAUUCGCAAUUUGCAUCGCGCUGAUAUUGGCAUCUGUGUCUCUGUUCCGCUACGGAAACAUUCAGAGACAACAUCCACUGGUCACAAUUUCUGUAUUAACAGCUUGGAGCUUUUCGUUUUUAAUCGUUUUUACCAUACCGUUAGAUGUGACAUCGACAGUUUAUCGUCAAUGUAUCAAGGAGAACAAUGUAACCAAAUGGAUUGCCGCAAAUUAUCUCGACUCGAAUCGGAGCGACCUCAAAUCGGAUACGCUUGAGUGUCAACAGCCGUGGGGCAUGGUACCGGAAAACAUAUUCCCCAAUUUAUGGCGAAUCAUUUACUGGUCAUCGCAAUUUCUGACAUGGUUGAUAAUGCCGUUGAUGCAGUCAUAUCUGAAAGCGGGAGACUUUACAUUCAAAGGCAAAAUGAAGGCAG